UUCACGAUGUGCAUGAGUGAUAGAUAAUAUGUCAUUGCUGAUGACACAGGGACAGACAUCCAACAAAAGAUAGAGACCCAAGGACAAUAUAUUUCAGCUGCGGAGUUCUGAAAGAUAACGUGUCUACUGCGCCUGCGUUGCCACUUGUCACGGUGUAUAGAAGCGCGUCGUUGGAGAGGUCCCACUCCCGCCAAGCGCUAUAAAGUGGUUGUCAUUGAUACACGAAUCAUUUUAGAGCAGUGGUUAAGGUGGCAUAUCCACUGACAGCCGCGUUAUUACUCACCUGCCACAGUUCCACAGGUCAGGUUUCACGCGUUAGGAAUCCCCCAAGUCAGCCUUGGGGAUUUUAUGUCACUUACGCUGAAGUUGGUUUAGGCCGAACUGUCUUGUGCAAGUACGGAGGAUCCAACUGAGCAGCAACAGAGAGACAGAGGACACGUAGAGACUCACUCUAGAAGGCUACCUUGGAGGAGAGGAUUUUGAAGCAGAAAUCUUACUGCCAAAGGAUGUCGCACCAGACUGGAAUACAUGCAUCGGAUGAACUGAAGGACUUCCUGGCCAGGGUGAGGGGAGGGACCAUCAGAAUAGCAAAGAUUGUCAUCAGAGAUGAGGAACUGGUGUUAGGCUCAUACAGAGAACCUGCAAAGAGCUGGGACAAGGACUAUGAUCACUUCCUUCUUCCUCUGCUGGUGGCUCAGGAGCCCUGCUACAUCCUGUACCGCCUCGACUCCCAGAAUGCACAGGGCUAUGAAUGGAUCUUCAUCGCUUGGUCACCUGAUCAAUCACCAGUGAGGGAGAAGAUGGUCUACGCUGCCACCCGUGCCACAUUAAAGAAGGAGUUUGGCGGAGGCCACAUCAAGGAUGAGAUGUUUGGCACAGUUGAGGAAGACCUGUGUUUCCAGGGGUACCUGCGUCACAUGUCCUCCUGCUCCUCCCCUGCACCUCUCACAGUAGCGGAGCAGGAGCUGCAGCGAAUAAAAAUCACAGAGGACAAGGUUGUAUGGGAUGAGCGUAGAAGGUUAAGCAACACUCCUAGAGGACGAGCAAAGGUGACAAUGGAGUUUGGUUUGGACAAAAGGCACCAGACUCUUACAGGCCUGGUGUUCCCUCUACAGGAGGAGGCCAAACGCGCUCUGCAGCAACUCAAUCAGAAACGUAUCAACUACAUACAGCUGUUGGACACAGAGAAAGAGACAGUGGAGCUGGUCCACACCAACCCCACAGAGACCCGUGAGCUUCCCUACAGAAUCCCUACAGAUACACCCAGAUACCACUUCUUCAUCUUCAAACACUCCCACCAAGGACAGCAACAGGAGGCUCUGGUGUUCAUCUACUCCAUGCCAGGGUAUAGCUGCAGCAUUAAGGAGCGGAUGUUGUACUCUAGCUGUAAGAACCCGCUACUGGAUGAGGUGGAGAGAGACUACCGUCUAGAUAUCGCCAAAAAGAUUGAGAUUGACAGUGGGGAUGGGCUGACGGAGGAGUUUCUGUAUGAGGAGGUCCAUCCCAUUGAACACACUCUGAAGCAGGUGUUCGCCAAGCCACGUGGGCCAGGGGGGAAGAGGGGCAACAAGCGCCUCGUCAAGGGGGCCGGAGAGAACGGGGAAGAGAGCUAGAGAGUGACAGGAACAGACUCACACCCAAACCUCCACGUAUAACCUGGCCUCUUUCUCCUCAACUGUCUGUUUCUUACCUUGUGGAUCUGAUGGUGCUUAUUUUAACAUAAAGCAACGUCUCAAGGUCUGUUUUUUAUCUUAUGCAACAUUACUUGUAUGUUCCCUUUUUCCACUCUGUCCAUCGGUUCACCAUCAGUGCCCUGGUCCCCAUACUAAAAGACACAUCACCUUGCCCUUCCCCGAAACGACUGAUCACAGUCAGAUGAAGGUUCAAUCAGAUACAGGUUGAAGCAUGUCAGGAUGCUCAUUAUUUUACAUCAUCUUCCAAUAAAUAAAAAAUGAUGUAUAUUUCAUUUGUCUUCUGUUUUUACUAAAUGUUUGGGAAAUAGAGGAUACAACAAGGGACGAUCAAGUGUUAAAUAAAAUCAUGUGUGUGAAUGUGUGUUUGUACAUACCACAGUGAUAAUCUGAAUAAAGUCAAAUUAUGUCUGA